GUGCACUACCUUUUUGUGUUUACGUUGCUUUUGUAUUCCAGGUAAUAGGCCAGGAAAGAAUGUCUUAAAAGUGAAAAACGAACAAGAACUUAUUUCGACCCAGAUCGAAGAUCUGGAAAGUGAAAUGUAUGAGACUUUAUAACGAAAACAGUACACGUCCAUUACGAUCAGAGAAAAAAAAAGAAUAACUACAUAUUUCCAUAAGUAUAUGUUUUCUGGUCACCUUAAUAUAAAUGCAGAAAAUACUACGAACGUAUUUCUUUUUUCGUAGACUUUUAAAGACAAGCCAGAUAAUAGGCUUUAAUUACGCCAACAAUGAUGACAGCACGGAAAAUGUCAUAUUUCACGGAAUUCAAAACAGUCAUGGUAACAAUGAAAUAUAUCCACUGGAAGAUGGCGAGGAAGAGGAAGUGGAGGCGGACGAGGACGCAGGCAAUGCAAAUACACCACUAAUUUUUAAUAAUGAAGAAGAUGGCGAUUUCCCUAGAGCGCGCACAGUGUUCGGUUUCAUGGGCUUUUUAGGUUUUGCAGUAGUUUAUGCUAUGCGCGUAAAUUUGUCAGUUGCCAUUGUGGCAAUGGUUAAUCAAAGUGCAAUUCCACAUGUAAACUCCAGCGCGAUGAUCGAUGAGACAUGCCCCGCUGAUAAUAAGAAAAAUGUGACAAUUUUAUCAGAAGGGGAAUUUGCUUGGGAUGAAUCUACGCAGGGUCUAGUAUUGGGAUCAUUUUUUUACGGUUAUGUAUUAACACAAGUGCCUGGCGGACGUAUGGCCGAGAUAGUUGGCGGUAAACUUGUGUAUGGCUACGGUGUAUUGUUUACUGCAAUCUUUACUAUAUUGACACCAAUAGCUGCCUACUGGAAUCUGCCAAUUUUAAUUUUAGUCCGAAUUUUGGAGGGCAUGGGUGAAGGUGUUACUUAUCCAGCUAUGCAUACAAUGUUAGCCUUUUGGAUACCCCCAUUGGAACGAAAUAAAUUUGCCGCCAUUGUAUAUGCUGGAUCGAAUAUUGGUACGGUUAUCUCCCUGCCCUUAUCUGGAUGGCUUUGUUCACUUGAUUUUCUUGGAGGUUGGCCGUUAUCUUUCUAUUUAUUCGGUGCUAUGGGACUAAUAUGGUUUAUAUUUUGGAUGUUUUUGGUGUAUGAUAAACCUUCGAUGCAUCCAAGGAUUUCCACUAAAGAACGUAUGUACAUUGAGAACAGCAUGCAUUUAAUAAGAUUAUCAGGACGUAGAUUUUCUAAUAUCGAUACCAUUAAUCAAGUUUCUACUCAUUCAAUACCGUGGUGCUCGAUUUUAACUUCCAUUCCAUUGUGGGCUAUAUUAGUAACGCAGUAUGGGCAAAGCUGGGCCUUUUACACACAACUCACCGAAUUGCCAACGUAUAUGAAUAAUAUUCUACACUAUGAUAUAGAAUCAAAUGCUUUAUUAAAUGCAGUACCCUAUCUAACAUCGUGGCUGAUGGGAAUAGCUUGCUCGUCCCUGGCCGAUUGGAUGCUGAGAAAGCGUUACAUAUCUUUAAUUAAUUCUUAUAAGCUAUGGAAUUCGAUUGCUUCAAUAAUACCAUCUUUAGGAUUAAUUGGUAUAGUUUACGUUGGUUGCAGUUGGGAAUGGGUUACGUUUAUGUUGGCUGGCGUCGGGUCAUUUGCCGGAGCAAUUUAUGCCGGCAAUCAAAUGAACCAUAUUUCUUUAAGUCCUCGUUACGCCGGCACCAUGUACGGAAUUACAAACUCUGCCGCUAAUAUAUGCGGAUUUUUGGCUCCUUACGUUAUUGGAUUGAUAAUCAAUCACAGUGAGACGUUCUCUCAAUGGCAUAUAGUAUUUUGGUUGGCAGCUUAUCUUAAUAUUGGUGGCAAUAUUGUUUACUUGCUAUUUGCCAGUGCUGAAGAACAAAAUUGGUCAAUAUAUCAUGGUCAACGCAAUGCAAACAAUUGCGAAGAAAUUCGGACAUGAAUGGUUUUAUAGUUCCUUGAUAUAUUUUCGUAUAUAUGUAGCGUAUAUAUACAUACUAUAUAU